AUGUCUUCAGAAGCAGGACCUUCCAACACCACACCAUCGCUGAAGCGAUCCCAGCUUUCGUCUGUCGUGCUGGAUAGUCACUCCUCGACAAGCGUGGGCAGCAGCAUCAGCCUUCAUCCCCUCCCCAUCCUGAAUAUAUCGGAGCAUCUCGUCCGAACAAGGCUACAGAGCAACAAUGCCGAAACCACGGUAUACGGCGUGCUCCUAGGGACGCAGCAGGGCCGCGAAAUCGACAUUCAAAACUCAUUCGAGAUCACACUGGAUGCCACGGCGUCGGCGGACUCUCCACCGAUUGUCAACCAUGCAUUCCUCAAGGCGCGCCAGUCGCAAUACAAGCAGGUCUUCCCCACGCUCGACCUGCUCGGGUGGUAUACGGUGGGCGAGGUACCGACGCCACGCGACCUCGAGAUACACAAGCAGCUGCUGGCGUACAACGAGACGCCGCUGCUUGUUCAGCUGUCGCAGACCGUCGCCUCAUUUGAAAACGCCGAGGCCACAGGAGCACUGCCGAUCCGCGUGUACGAGUCGGUCGUCGAGGUCGUACAGGGCGAGACUGCCAGCUUCUUCGUGCCUGCAGGCUACAAGAUCGAGACGGGAGAAGCAGAGCGCAUUGCUGUCGACCAUGCAAGCAAGGCGGGCGCCGAGUCCGGCCAGGAUCAGGAAAGCACAAUGCUCGCGAGUAUGCAAGCACAGCACAGCGCGAUCGGCAAGCUCAACGACCGCAUCGUCCAGGUGCUGAGCUACCUGCGCGCCAUACAAGACGGCCAGGCCGCCUGGGACCACGAGGCGCUGCGUCAGAUCCAGACAGUCGUCGCCAAUCUGCCCAACACCGUGCUUCCAGAGCUGCAAGACGAAAUUCUGCGGGACCACAAUGACGUGCUGUUGACCAACUACCUCUCGGUGCUCACCGAGAGCCUGCACACGAUGAACGAGCUGACGGACAAGUUCGAGCUGGUCCAGGCAGGGGCAAAGCCUGACAGCGAUGCUGUAGCUGGUGCCUCGGCAUCUGUGCCGCAGGGCCGCAGAGGCGGAGGCGGUCGCAGCUCGGCGCUGCGAGCCGUGUACUGA